AUGGGGCAACUGAAGCGGCUACUGCCAACCCUGUCGAGGAAGGACAAGAGUCCGCGAGCCAGGACCUCGUGGUACGCCGAAUGUGGAUCAGACUCCACGCAGACGCUGUCAACGCCUUCAUCCUGGUACGCCGAGGCCGGCCUGUACCAAGCAGGCAACGCGUCUUCAUCUUCCGGCGCCUCCUCUGGCUCCCACCCAGCAUCGCCCCUCCCCCACUCGCUGUUCACCCACGAGCCUUUGUACCAGUUCUACAACGCAGCCAAAGUAGAGUCCGCCUGCCGAGAGAGCGGGGACUCGGACUCGGACGGGUGCGAGGCGGGCGCCACGCCGGCGAGGCCCUCCGCCAUGGCGCUGGUGGCGCCCCGCGGGCCCGCGCGCACCCUCUGGUGCGAGGUGCCAGAGGUGCUCAACUCGGCCGUCCUUAGCUCCCUAGCACCAGCUCAGAAGCGGCUGCAAGAGGCUAAAUUCGAGGUGCUGACUUCAGAGGCAUCUUACCUUAACUCGCUGAACGUCCUGGAGGCACACUUCAUUUCGCACCCGGCGUUCCGCGACCCACAUGUGCUACCACCUCAAGACUGGGAGACUCUCUUCGCUACGAUAUUGCCAGUGCGCAAAUGCUCGCAGCUGCUGAUGACGGACCUGGAGAAGUGCUGGCAGGAGAACAUUCUUCUACAGGACAUAUGCGAUAUCGUGAGGCGGCACGCUGAGGCGCGGUUCCACGCCUACGUCAAGUACUGCGAGAAUCAAGCGCUCAUGGUGCGCGCUCUGCAGCGGCUGCGCGACCGUCCGGCCUUCGCUGCAGCGCUCAAGAGGCUCGAGAGCCACCCGGCGUGCCAGUGCCUCUCCCUGCACUCGUUCCUGAUGCUGCCGAUGCAGCGGGUCACGCGGCUGCCGCUGCUGCUCGACGCCGUGCUGAGGAACCUCGAGCCCAAAGACCGCGAGUACGACGGCUGCAUGCACGCCCUCGCCACGCUCAACGACUUCGUGUCGCAGUGCAACGAGGGCGCCCGCAACACGGAGCGCGUGGAGGAGAUGUUCCGUUUGGCGGCCGCCAUAGAGUUCCCGGCGCAGGCGGCCGACGCCCCGCUGCUGGGGCCCGCUUGCUCGCGGCGCGACCGAAGACCGAUAAGAUGGCUGGUGCGCUCCGGCGAGAUGACCCAGCUGAUAUGGAAGACCGAUGAGAUGAAGCUCACGUUCGGCAAGAAAUUCCACAAAGUGCCCCUUCACCUGUUCCUGUUCAAUGACCUACUGGUCAUCACAAAGAAAAGGGGCGAGGAUUCGUACGCGGCGGUGGACUGGUGCGCCCGCUCGCUGCUGGAGGUGUGCGCGGGCGACUCGGCCCCGCCGGCCGCCAAGCACGCGCUGCUGCUCACGCUGCUCGAGAACAGGCACGCGCGCACCGUCGAGAUGCUGAUGUCGUGCCCGAGCGAGACGGACGCGUCGCGCUGGGGCGAGGCGCUGGCGCCGCUGCGUGGCGGCGCCGGCGAGGCGGUGUACGCGGGCUGGGACUGCCCCCAGGUGGCGGCGCUCUACGCCUACGCGCCCGCGCAGCCCGACGAGCUGGGCCUGGCCGAGGGCGACGUCGUCAACGUCACGCGCAAGACCAGCGAGGGCUGGUACUACGGCGAGCGGACGCGCGACGGCGAGGCGGGCUGGUUCCCCGGCUCGUACACGGUGGAGAUCGCGUCGGCGCACGUGCGCGCGCGCAACCUCCGCCAGCGAUACCGGCUGCUCGCGCUCUCCGGGACCUACCUCGGCCACAGGAAGCGCGCCCCU